AUGAGCCACAUCGAUGCUUCAGGAAAAGCUGGCCCAGGCCAGGCGAGAAUGCAGGCAAGAGCCAAAGCCUCGGACCCCAAACCAGCUCCGAGACCAGAAGAUGAGGCGGCCUUUGAUGCUGAGGCCUUCGAAGCCGGCUCUGUUCAUGGAGUGUACGACGUCAUAGCUCCGCAUUUCAGCUCUACGAGGCAUAGCGCAUGGCCUCUGAUCCCGAGGUUCUUGGCCUCGAUGCCAGCGGGCUCCCUCGGCGCAGACGUGGGCUGCGGAAACGGCAAAUACUUGAGAUCCGCACGAUCAGCGUGCCCCGAGUCCCUCAUGAUAGGUGUGGACAGAAGUGUGCCCCUGCUAGAGCUGGCAAAGAGCAACGUGGAGCCUGUGACGGAGAGCUCUAGCAAGCUGCGGGCUGCCCCCGACACAAAUGAAGUAUCGGCGGGCGAUGCUAGAAGCUCAGGACUUCGACCAGCCAUCUUUGAUUUUGCAAUCAGCAUAGCGACGAUACACCAUCUGAGCACGUUUGAUAGACGGGUGGACGCCGUCAAGGAAUUGAUCCGCCUUUUGCGCCCUGUACUGAGCCACGAUUAUAAUACCAAGAUCCAAAGCUGCUUGGAUGGAGCUGAGCUAAGAGAAGACACCAUCCUCGGAGGGCCCGGACAGUUCAUGAUAUACGUCUGGGCACUCGAGCAAAAGGGCCAAGAAAGACGGCGCUUCGAUGAGACCGAGGUACCAAAAGUUAGUGUCCCAGAUAAUAAGGCAGCUCUCACCUCUGCGCGAGGCAUCGCUCGGGAUCAGACUUGGUCCGAGCAGCAGGACCUCAUGGUUCCUUGGGUCUUGCAAACUUCGGGAGCCAAAAAGAAAGGCGCAAGUAAAGAUGUCAGCUCUGACGUCGCCAAGGAUACGCCGGCCGACGCUGACGCAGUUUCAUCGCCAGUAUACCAAAGAUAUUAUCACGUCUUUCGCGCAGGGUUAAGAGCUAGAGGCGACAGUAAGAGCGGCUGCUGAGGCCUUUCCUCUUCUCGAGGUACGACUGCAAGCGUGCGGGUGGGAGCGAGGCAACUGGUGGGGUAC